GUUCAGCCUGCCCAGCUAGUCACUCAAUCAUCUCUUUAUCCAAGACUUACCAGCUAUCAACCCUAUUAUCCCCUGUAUCGGACAGAUAUCAGAACUAGGAAGAUGGCCAUCUGCAUCACAUUCGGAACACACGAGUUCAGCUCCAUGCUGGAGGGGUAUGAGCAGGUGCGUGCCUACUGCUAUAACUGCCAGCAUUACAAUGGACACUGCGUGACGAGAUGGCCCUGGUUCACCAUCUGCUUCAUCCCCGCAAUCCCCCUCUCAAUGGGUAAAUACAAGGAAGUAAGAUGCUACACCUGCAACUUCACCCAGGACCUCAAAGACCGUCCCGACAUCACCCCCGAGACGCGUCCUCCACAAGGCAUCCCUGGCGGACCGGGUCCCCCUCCACCGGGCUUCUACGGCAAUUAUCCUCAGUACGCGCAGCAUCCGCCGCCCCAGCAGCAGCAGGGGCCGCCGGUGGCUUCUGGAGCGGGGGGGCCGGGACAGGGCCAGGGGUAUGGGUAUAAAUAGCCAGGACCCUAUUUUCUGUCGGCUUUGAUAGGGGAUGCAUGCUUUAUGUGCUGUUUAAAGAGUUUGUUGAUGCUGUUGUUGUGUUGAUAUCUUUCUUGUUUGUCUGCCUAUGGACGAUACCAUUGCUUUUAUGGCUUUAUUCUAUUCUGUUCGUGGGUUGUGUGGGGAGUUUUGUGUCUUGUUUGAAUCCCAUUACUUGUUGUGUUCCUGCUGGAAUAAAAUAUUAAUACUGUUUUAAUUGGCACAUCGAAUGCAGAAUGCCA